UUGCUGAUCUUCUCGGUUAUCAAAGACUUUACAUAGAAGUUGAAAGUGAUUUGGAAGAUUCUUCAAAUGGAUAUAUUACUACCAAAAAUAAAAAUGGAAUUAAUGAUGAUGAUUACGAUCAUUCCUUUGUAGAAAAGAUUAUUUCAGACAAAUUAAAAAAGCCAAUCGAUAAACUUUAUUUAGGAGGAAAGAUUCAUAAAUGUAGAAAAGAGAAUUACGUUCCAGGAACAUCAAUUAUAGCAGAGAAACUCCUUGAACAUUCAAAAGUUUAUGUAAAUAUUCUCGAGAUGGGAUUAUUUCAAUAUUUUACUUAUUCACAUAGGGCUGAUAAAGAAUCAAAAAAAGAAAAUGAUAAUGCUAGUAAAACAAAAAAUGACAACGAUAGUAAACCAGAAGAUGAUUAUAAAGUAGACAUAUCGGAAACGAUAAAUCAUAUGAUGUAA